AUGUUCUUCAAGUCGCUGGAUCUGACUACUGCGCUCAGACCCUUGCUAUUACCCGAUGAGAUUCUUCUCUUUGUCCAGGAUGCGGUGGGGUUGUAUGAAGGGAAAUACAAGAUCCAGAAUUACCAAAAUGGCCAUGCCUAUCUCACAUCCCACAGAAUGUGCUAUGUUGCUGCUGAGGACCCGCGGAAGUACUCAGUGGCUAUUGAUCUGAAAGAAAUUGAUCGAGUAGAGUCUCAGGCUGGCUUCCUGAAAUCAUCUCCGAAACUCACCAUAUACCCGAAACCCCAGAAGAAGAAAACCGAUAAGUCGAGGAGCGCAACAGCCAGCCCAGCUCUGGCCCAGCAAUCGGCCCUUCAUCCGACGCAGUCACUUUCUCACCUCCCACAAACCAACCUUCCACAGAGCUCACCAUCUCCAAAGCCAAUGAAUGCCACUUGGAUCUGUCCCAUAUGCUCCUUCUCCAAUCCAGUUCCGUCCAAUUUCGACCCCGCAACGGCUAGUGCGGCUACAAAUUUACCUCCUUGUCUCGCAUGUGGUAUUAAACCACCAUUUACGACCAUUCUCAAAGCAGCUAUUAGUGCUGUAACAAGCCGGGAGUCUCAAUUGCCGAGUUUGGUUGGAUCACCGGCCAUUGCACAGGAUACAAGCCAAUCAAACGCCAAUGCGUCUAUAUCACCUUUGGGGCCCGAGGGAACUGUCUCUUGCCCACGAUGUACCUUUGUGAACCAUCCAUCUCUCGUGGAAUGCGAGAUUUGUGGAGCGCCUUUAUCUGGUGGCUCCUCAGCGAAUGCCAAUCGGGUAGACUCUCCUGCGCCGUUAUUUGAGCAAUCGCAUAUCGCGAACACGGAAGUUAGUGAGAGCAUUAAGCUUUCAUUUCGGGCAGGUGGCGAUAAGACGUUCCAUGAAAGACUUAAGGGGGCAUUGGUUCAAAGAAAAUGGCUUUUGCAGAAUGCGCCUCCAGUGCCUUCGCCGUCGCAAGGUGCCUCCUCGCCGGGUUUGCCUUCCCCUGCCGCUAGCAUUGAAACUCCUCUACCCUCAGCACCACGACCCCCGGAGUUGGUAUCGCGGGAUUAG